AUGUCACCUUGCACAGCCCCACGCAUUUUCCACACCAUGAUCCCGUGCGACAACCCGAUGGCAGACGACGGCGAUGCCCCGCGUAACCUGGUCAUUUGGCAGGCAAAGCUUGAUCGUCUAGAUGGUCGUCUCAACGAAUUCUUUUCGAUGCUGUGCAUUCCGAGACCCCGACCCAGAUUGUGCUUUGUCUCGGCCCCCGUAUCAGUGGAGUGGACUUUCUGCAAGUUCUUACGUCAAACAGAUUACAAUAACGCUUUCCCGAUGUCGGCUCAAUACUUUCCGCCUCCACACCGGGCCACCUUCGCCCGCUACAUGUCGGAUGAGACGGAAGCGAAGGCAGCCGUCGAGGUCAGCCCUGAAGACAGGAAGCAGCUUCUCGUCAACCUGCAAGUAGAAUCGCUCGAAAAGCUGGCCAAGAUGGUCUUAGGUGAUUUUGCCAACACAUCCAUCUUUUUGAGGAUCAAGGAGACGAACCUUGCCAUCAUUACGAUGCCACCACCACCAUCGAUCAAUUUUUCGGGA